UUUUUUAUUUAUUUUUUGUCAUCUGUGCAGGCAGCGUCUAUGUCAUUCACAAACCUGCGAAUUUAAAGUGACCGUUCAGCUGGAGCAGCCUCCGCUGACGCACAACGACGCGUCGACUUAUUGGUCCAGAGCCGCGGAGAGUCAGCGGCUGACGCAGCCGCAGCGCCUAUCCGAGAGGGGGACACGGACACCUGACGGCUCACGACGCGCCGGUCUUUUCCAUCACGACCACCUCGGGUCUGCAGUGCAGGGGCUGCAGCGUUUUAUGGAAGCGGACUGCACGCAUCCUGCCCGGAUCAUGCUGCCCCCAAAGAACUGCCUGCCGCGAAACUACAGCUGCAUCGCCGGGCUCUUCGGCAGCCUGGCAGCGGCCAACCCGCGGGUCGACGACGGGGAAGAGUAUGACACGAUGAACGGGACUUGUGAGCCCCUGGAUAGCCCCGUGGUGGACGAGAGGCCGCGCGGCAGGGAGAUCUUCCUCAAGCCCCAGCAGAGCCCUAACCUGCGGCGGAGAUGCAAGUCUCUGCCCACGCCCACGGAGAGAGCAAAGUUGGAGAUCUCCCGCAGCCGGAGCCCGACCAGUCAAAAGAAAGUGCGCUUCGCAGAUUCUCUGGGCCUGGAGCUCAUUUCAGUCAAGCACUUCGAUGACACGGAUGAGCCGCAGGUGCCGGAGCGCAUCCUGGCUAAACCCAAAGGAACGUUGCACUUUAAUCAGUUGGACACUAAGUUCCCACGCGCCCCUUCGCAGUCUGUGUACAUGGAGCUGCAGUUCACCAACCCGGGCACUCUCCCGGGGUUCGAUCAGAAAGUCAGGGAGGUGAAAGUCCUCCUGGAGAGCGUGCAGGCGGACGAGUUCAGCCUCUCCGGCUUCGUGCGCGUUUUGAACCUGGCUUUUGAAAAGAGCGUCUCUUUGCGCUAUUCCCUAAACAACUGGUUAACGUUCAUGGACAGCCUGGCGUCCUACGUGCCCCACUCGAGCGACGGCGCCACCGACAGGUUCUCCUUCAAGAUCGUCAUGCCGACCUUCCUGGAUACCGGAGGAACUCUGCAGUUCGCCAUCAAGUACUGUGUCGGUGACCACGAGUUCUGGGACAAUAACAACGGCAUUAACUACAAAGUGCGACGUCACCAGUUUAAGAUGUCUCCUCCACGUGAAUGGGAGAACGGCUGGAUUCACUUUAUCUGAGCCCCGUGGCCGCCGCCGCUGCGUGCGUAAUUUACGCGCAAUUGAUCCCCGGGUACCUAAAGUAUGACUGCAGCCUGUGAAAAUGACCUGCCCCCCCACCCUCCUCCCACACCCUCGACCCCCCCGCCAUUGUGAGAUGCACACAUUUUGUGACACAGUAGUGUGGCCUCAUACUGAGUGUUACAGGGAACAUGAGCCCACGGUAGGUGGUCGCUGUUGCAUCGUCAUUGCCUUGAUGCCAGGGCUCUGUACAGCUCCGUGCCCUUUGCGAGGGUUCGUUCGUGUUACGUAAUGUAAAGGUCACGUGCCACGGAAAACGUGCCGGGCAUCACUGUUCCUCUGAGGAGAUACUGUGUAUAUACUUUAACGGUGGCAUGAUGAUGUGGAAGUCAUUCAGUUCUAGUGCAUGAGAGGAGACUGUGGGUGAGACGAGUGACAGAUACAUUAUUAUACCAACAGGUUCAAACUGUCUUUGGAAAAUGCCUUAUUUUAAGCCACGUCGGUGGAAAUAUAGCAUUUAGGGUUUUAUGUUUUUAAAUUUGGAUGAAAACAUUUUAAGGAAAGCCCCUGAGGACAUGAGGAGACUUAUGUUUAGACCACCAGAUAUUUGGUCAGUUAACGCCCGUAGAGACCGCGUAAAAGAAACGGAUGUAGAUAUAAUGAAAUAUUGGGUUUUCAAAAUGGAUAGGGAUCUAUGUUGAAUAGUCUCAUUGACAAAUAUCUUUGCUAAUUAACAUCAUCAUCAUUAACAUCGAAGCUGAUUGUCUGGCAGCUUUGUUCCCAGUCAUGCUUUACCAUACAUUUUCACCUUGAAAGGAUAUUUGACAAAAGAAACUAUUUUUCAAAAAUAUUAUCAAUAUAUUUCCUUUGAGAGAUUUCACGACUUUUUAGGCACAAUCUAAAGUGGACACAUCAGUCUACAGCAUAUCAAUGAAUUAAUGUUUGUUUUUUCAAUCACCUGUAUGUGAUUUAAUGACAAAUUUUCUAAAAUCAAAGUGGUCUAAACAAAGCUUAAAUGCAACAAAAGAAAAAAUGUCUCCAGCAAAACACUCUCCUCAAAGUAUAAAUUAGGUUCUGUCCCAGUUUGAUCACAGCAGUUACUGCCCCAAAGAACUCAAACACAUCCAGUCGUUGUUUUCCAAGGUCAGAUCCACCUCUGAUAACUAUAAAGGACUACUUUUUCAGGUUUAUGCUGAAGAAAAGUGAUAUUUUCUUGGUACUAACUUUCAUAAACACAGAGUACAUUCAAACAGAGAGGUACAUAUAUAUAUACACACAGUAUACAUGUACAAAAGCAUUACAUAUAACUGUUCUAAAUUGCACUGUGUGUUGUCACUGUUACAUGGGUUACUGUGCUGUUACUGCUCCACUUCCUGCUGCUGCUGCUGCUGCUGCUGCUGCUGCUGCUGCUGCUGCUGCCGCUGCCGCC